UCCCGUCAGGCUCCGGGCGGGAUGGCGGCGGUGGCGGCAACUCCGGCCGGCGAUCCCUUCGAGAAGAAGCUCAUACGGGUUACUUUAUGGCUAAAGAAAAUAUAUGGGGAUGUGCCUGUUCCAGAGUAUGAGAUGAAUGAAAGGACAGUGGAUAUUUUGCAUGAAGUUAUGGAGUGCAAUGAAGAAAGAGACAAAGACGUUAUGUUGGUGAUAGAGGACAUGAAGGACCAGGCAACCAAGUAUGAAGCAGAAACUAAGUACUGGCAGGAAAUUCUUGGAGAAAGCCUUGGUCUUUCAGUAGACAGUCUGUCCCAGGAAGCCGCCACAGACCUCACUGACCUGGUAGAAAGUGCCAUGGAACUCGGAGUGGAGGACACAUCUCUUGCCAGCUUCUACAGUGCCAUCAAUUGCAUGAGCUCAGAACUGUAUAAAACAAAAUCAAAAAAUGAAGAAAUGGAACUGAAAUUGAAGACUCUCACGGAAAAACUAACUUCAGCACUGUCACUGGAGAAGAAGUUAGAGGAGGAUUUUAAAAAAUUAAAUGAAUCUCAGGAAGCAGAAAAGGCCAAAGCUGAGAUUCACUCCAAGGACCUGAAGUUCCUGGAAGAUAAAUCUAAGGAUCUAAAAAUAAAGGUCAUUGAGGCUGAGGAGGAGCUUCUUGCCAUGGGGUUGGACCAGUCCCUGAUGCAUAAGGCACUUGUGAAAUUGUCUGAGGAACUGGCUGCACUGCUGAAAGAAAUUGAGCCAUUGAAGAAGGAACUGGCGUUCUACCAUGAUUUGCCUCUUAGCAUUCCCCUGGCACAAGUGAAGGUUGAAGAAGCAAGAAAAGAACUUAAAGCCUUGGACGAAGAGCUAACAAGGGAGAUCGAGGCUUUGCCUUUUGAGCUGACAUAGCACAGCAAACCCCAAUUCACCUGAAGUGGCCUAUGUGGAACAUGAUUUUCCAUCUGUUGCCUACUUACUUGCACUGGCAAUGCAUUCCAGAAUUCUCACUGUACCUUGGCAUCUUCCUGCUGUGUUCUUCCUUCUGCUGGCCUUGUGUUUGUAAACUUCACAUAUUUUUCAUUAAAUAACCUCCUUGCUGUUGUC